GCAGACUAAUCCUUUAUCCUUCUCAGAUUGCUUUGAUUAGCGUUUAUACAGAAGAUCGAAAGUGUAAAACUAUUCUAAUACCUAUAACGGUUUCUGUCGGCUUGUUUGACAAUUGCGGCUGAUCCAUGUGACAACAACGGAUGCUUAUUUUGUUUCUUUUUACUAAUACUAAAAGAAAUUUGACUUUUUUGAUGAAAUGGAUGGAGAGGAGUGCUUCCUCACUCGGAGCCCCUCGCCUGAUGAGUGCAGGCUAAUGAAAUCAUCUAGCUAUUCUAAAUUGUUUAAAACCAAGACGCUUACUGCUGAACACAUAUGUGAUUCAUACCCCUGUAGACAUAACAAACUUUCAAGAAAAGAGUAUAGCUGUGAGGAGGUUUACGAUCAUAGGUUAAGAGCAAAGGUAUGGAGAGUAAAGUCUGAUCAUGAAGAAGUUGAGCCUAGAAGGCCAAUGAGAUUUCCAAUAUUACCAGAAAUUCCAACAAGUGAUAGUUCGCCAGAAACAGAAUCUCCUCCUCGUAAACUUUUUGAACGAUCAAAUCCAGUACUUUUCGAUAACAGAUUGUGGAAGAUGAUCUUAAGACCACCACAUCUUUUAGUUGAUAGAAGGCAAAAACCGACUGAGGAAAUUUACCAGCAUGAACCUGUACAACAUACUGUUUCAGGUGAUAAAUCUGACCUGUCCUUUAAAAAGCCAUUACCACGCAUAAAAAAAUCUAGUUUAAACAAUGAUGUAGCAGAAAAUAAAACUACCUCUGACGAUAAUGCGAAAAAAAAUGAUUCAGAUGAAAAUUGUACUAAGCAGAAUAAUGUUGACACUACUGAGCUAAAAAAAAGACUGAGAUGUCUAGUUAGAGAAGAACCAAAGAAAAGUAAAAGCACAAUAUGCUCCUGGUUGUCAUUCAAUUCAUUUAUAGUACUACUUUCCAUAGUGGCUGCUUGCGUGGCAUAUUUUCUCAGUGGAGAAAACGUUUCAAAAAAGUUUUGCAGUCCUCGAUUCGAAUUCGACGGAAUUUCCGAGGAUUUAAGAAAUCGUAUUUACGAUCAAGAAGACGCGAUUGAUGAACUUGCCAAAUAUUUCAGAGAUAAAAAUAACGAGACUGGUUUCGACGUGCUUGCGUUGGUCGGUGGAAUAGGAGUUGGAAAAUCAUACACCGCCGAAAUAGUAAAGAACAGAAUAAAAGCGAGUGCUAAUUCAAUCGAUGUCUUCCCGCCACUCAUCAACAAAGAAGACGAAGCUUACUUCUCGUUAUCGAUAUGUCGAUGCAACAUAAUAAGAUUGGAAAAUUUAAAGACCGACGAUAUUCCAGACGCCGCUGCGUUCGCCGACAAGCUUAGAAAGAAAGCAAAAGGCUAUUGUAUUCUUACGAUAGCGCUAUUCAACACGCAAGAAACGGACGAGCAUCUGCGAAAGACAUUAGAUCUGAGCAAAUCCAUCUCAUUGAUCGAGCGGACUUUUGAAGAGAGAGAGUUGAAGCCGACUCUGAUAAGUUACAGGUCGAUGAGCAGCGAAGCUCUGAUCAAGUGCAUAAAUGACGCGGCCGACUACAGCAACGUUAAAUUGACAGACACUGACAUGGAGAACAUUCGACAGGAGAUACUGAUAGCCGACAGCGGCUGCAAGGGUGUAUACGCUAAGGUCCAACUUCGGUCGUCCGCGUCGGAGCUGUAAAAAUAAAUUCUCGAUUGACUGCAUGUAAACGGAGUACAAAUGUAAAAAUUGUGAUAUAAUGUAAGUAGCGGAGGUGUAAUCCGGCAACUGUUACGCAAUGCACAAUAGAGAGAAAGAGAACGAUUGUAAGGCGAUUUUUACGAACAAUAAAGAGUCGAGUUAAAAGAAAAA